AACAACAACAAGAAGAACAACAACAAGAAGAACAACAACAACAACAACCAUGUUGGAGUCGCUUCAGCGGCCGCAGAGCAGCGUCACAGUGGUGGCUGUAAUCCCGGGGAACCAGCGCGGUGCCGCGGUCGCGGACAUCCGCAGAGCGGAGCUCGCUCCCGGCAGCGGCUCCGUGCUCGGCUGCGUGCUGGGGCUCCGGGGCGGCGGCGGCGGCGGCCGGUUGGUGGUGUGGGACGCGGCGGACAGAGAGGCGCCUCCGGCAGCGGUGGACGACAGCUGCUCAGAUUUUUCCUGGGAGGAGGUGAGCAGCAGCAGCAGCAUCAGCAGCAGCAUCAGCAGCAGCAUCAGCAGCAGCAGCAGCAGCAGCUUCAGGCUGGUGGCUGUAGGAUGCGAGUGUGACCUGAAGCUGCUGCAGGUGACAGUGCAGCGGUCGGCGUGCGUCUCCGUCCUCUGUGUCUCUCACUGUCCUGCAGACGAGCUGCUGCAGACGCUCCCAGAGCAGGACGACGGUGAGGAGCUGCGGUCGCUGCGCGUGUUGUCGUUCGCCGCCGGCCGGUGCCGCGCGCUGCUGAACGACCGCUGGCUGCUGCAGCUGCAGUGGCGGCGGCAGGAGGAGGCGGAGCCACAGACGUUGACCUGGCGCCGCCUCGGGGCGUCGGGGGAUGGCGAGGGACGUGCCGCCGUCCAUCACUGCCUCUGCAGAGACUUCCUGUUCACCCUCAGCUCCUCUGGACUCAUAUGCGUGUAUGACAUCACUGACGGCUGUUUGCUGGCGAGCGUCGACCUCCCUGCUUACCUGAGCUCUGUCCCGGUGGACGAGGACGACGUCUUCCCGUCGUCGUCGUCCUUCUGCGUCCUGCAGGUGUCAGCUGAUCUCAGCACGGCCGUCGCUGUCACUCAAACUCACGCCGCCGUCGCUGUCGACCUCGACCUUUACUUCAGAAUGUUUCCACAGCACCUGCUGUGUGCAGCGCCCCCUGCUGGGCCCCCUCUGCAUGCACAGCAGCCGGGAGACCAGGACCGCCUGCUGAGCUCCAGCUGCAGCCUCGCCGCCCUCGGCUCCACCUUCAGUCCCGACCGCUCCUGGGAAUCUCGUUUGGCGUCCAUGUACAGCAGAGCCCAGCAGGCUCCAGCUGCCUCCCCCUCCUCCUGGACGUCUUGGUCCACCUCCCUCCCCCACCUGGAGUCCCACCAGGCUCCGUCCUCGGCCCGCAGCAGAAUCCCCUGCGGCUUCACGACCGUGACUUUCUCCGUCCCCGAGUCGUCUUCGCCGACGCUGCUCUCCGUCUCCGAGUUUUCCGCCCUGCUCACCUUCGUCUCCCCCGGCAACAAGCAGACCACAGUGGCCUCAUGGGACCUGGAGUCUGGCAGUGUGAGCUACCACCAGGUGGAGGGCGUGGCCGCUCCGGUGCAACGCUGUGGAGAGAGACAGCACAGACUGCUGCUGACCAACGAGGGUGUGUUGCAGGUCUUGUUCUCAGUGUCUCAGCAGGACCUCCUCAGCAGACUCAUGCUCUUUGGCAGCGCGGCGACUGUAGACGCAGUGUGUCACCUGAACAGCUGGGGGCGCUGCUCCAUCCCUGUCCAUGCUCUGCAGGCCGGACUGAAGAACCGUCAACUGGACACGGUCGACUUCUUCCUGAAGAGCAAAGAAAACCUCCUGGACCUCAUGACGGGGUUCGGAGCUGUGGAUCAGGUCUCCACACCGAGCCUGACCCAGAGUGUCCAGCAGUUGUGUCCUGCGUUGGACGUCCUGUGCUCGUCCGUCAGAGACUCAAACAGUGAAGCUCAGAGUCGACAGUUUUCAGAGCAGCUGCUCAACGUCACGCUGAACUUUGUCAACACACAGAUCCGCUCGGUGCUGUCCGCCUCACAACAUGAGGACGCAGGUGUACGGAGCUGUGUGGACAUCCUGGACCGGUACCUCACUGAACUGAGGAGCUACAUGAAGAGAUUCCCAUGGCCCACAGGAAGUGACGCCUCCACUCCGGCGGAGGACGAGGACGAGGACAAGGACAAGGACGAGGACGUGGACGAGGCACCAAAGGACGAGUGGGAGCAGCUGCAGACUGAGGAACUGGUGCGGCGCUCCAUCUUGACCAAUCAGAUCCCCCGAGCUCAGGCCGCCCUGAGGAGGCGGAGCCGCCCGGAGCAGGGUCUGACGGCUCUGAGGACAGAGGGACUGCGGCAGGUCUUCUCCUGCCUGAGACAGCGAGACCUGCAGACCACCAACACACUGCUCACCAACAUGGGUUUCAGUGUGAAGAAGCAGCUCCACAGUAUCUGUCUUUACACUGACGACAAAGGCCUGAGGGAGUUUGUGGUGGAGGAGCUGUGUAGGCGGAGUUAUUUUCCGGAGGAGGAGAUGCAGAGUGUGGAGUUCAUCAGACACAUGGAGAAGCUGGGAUCUCUGGCCAGGUCCUGCUGCCCUGCAGACACCAGCUGUCACAGGGUCGUUCACAUGGAGACGGGACUUGACGACCAGGUUCUGGAGGACCUGGUUGGACACAGGAGAUCCGACGAGGAGCCGAUGCUCUGGCAGAACCUCAGACUGGACUGGGUGAGGAACUGGGACCAGAGCUGCCAGACGGCCGUCCUCCUGUCCAGACUAGAGCACACAGAGGUGAGUUCCUGUGAGCCUGCCGCGCUGUGGCGUUACCUGACCGCCUUCCACGACCGCCACCGCGUGGUCACCUGGAUCCAGAACCAGGACACUGGUGGUGGCGCCCCCCUGUGGCCAGAGCUGGCCGCAGAACUAGUGAACAGCAACACACUGUGCAGCACCUACAUGAGGGAGAUGAUCCUGGACCUUCUGGCCAGGAGAGGACACUUCAUCCCCGACGAGCUGGCAGAUUUAGAGAAGCUGCUGUGGAGGCUGGGUCAGGGAGGAGGAGCGAUGGCGUCCUCUCCUCCGGUCCCUCAUCACCGCUCCUCGCACGGCCUUGACCUCCACGGCCUCUUCAUCACCUUCUGUCUGGAGCGCGGCCUUCAGUUCCUGCUCUACACGUACCUGGAGCACUACAGACUGACUCCCAGGAACUGCCCCCUCCUUACGAGUCCCGGCCUGUGUGAGAGUCAGCCCUGGUUUGAGAUGCUGGUGAAAAUCCAGGAGAUCACCACAGAUCUGUCAGACCCAGGUGUGGUGUAUCAGGCGAGUCUGACCAGUGCUCAGGUGCUGUUACCGGGCAGCCAGGCGUCUCUGAGCAGUCUGCUGUUAGAGGGUCAUAGUUCACUCGCUCUGGCCGCCAUCAUGUUCAGCCCCGGAGGAAUCGACCAGGUGAUGCUUCAGGGUGAAAGGUCAGGCAGGUCAGGGAGGUCAGGCAGGUCAGGGAGGACAGUUGACCCUCAGCUCCUGAAGAUGGCGCUGGCGCCGCACUCUAAACUCAAGGCUGCUCUGUUCCCGUCAGGACCGCGAGGACACGGCUCGUCCUCAGACGUCUCCGUCUACCAUGUCCUGCAGUGUCUCCGUCCUCUGGAUGUGUCCAGACUGUUUGGUUGGCAGACAGCAAACACGCUGAACUCCACAGAGACAUCAGAGCUGCCUCAUUUCUCCAGCCCUCACCUGGUCAACAGGUUCGCUCUGGUGGAGAACCUGGACUUCCUCUACUACCUCCGUCACGGACGACCGUCCUUCGCCUACGCCACCUUCCUCGUGCAGCAGCUGAGCAGCUGCAGUGACGUAACGCUGCUACGGCGGCGUGUGCAGCAGCAGGUCUACACUCUGGCGUUGCGGUGUUUUAACGUAGCGUCCGUGGCGUCGGCGUCCGUGUGUUUCUGUGAGCUGCUCGGCGUCUGCAGCCUGAAACUGAGAGUGGACGUCAGAGUCAUGAACCUGAUCCUGCAGCACUGGAACCAACAACACACACACUCUGAUCCUACACAACGACUACACACACUGGGAGUGAAACUGGCUGAGGCGGAGCCUGGAGCAGCAGAGAAGCUGAUUGGCUGCCUGGAAGCAGCAGUGGCAGACACUCUGGAGCAGAAAGACGUCCACAGGUCGUCAUAUGAGGCGUCUCAGGAGUGGGCGUUACCUGUUCAGUUCUGUCUGCUCCACAGUCUGCCGCUCAGCUCUGUUUACCCCGCCCACUGUGCUGAUGACGGACAGUUCGUCCACUUCCUGUUGUUUGUCCAGCUGCACAGUUUCCCGCCCCAGCAGGUGAGGUCGCUGGUGGCCAGGUUUGGCCCCGCCCUCCAGGCCCACCUCAGCCUGGCGUUCCAGGACCUGCAGGUGCCUCUGAAGACGGAAAAUUGGAGUGGGAGUCGGGUUCAGUCGUCGGAGCUUUUCCACGUCCUGCUGCAGAGUCAGGAGCAGGCGUCGCCCUGCAGCUUCCUGCUGCACGAGGCCGUGGCUCAAUACUGCCCCACGCUGGCCGUCCUCGCCGCCUGUCACCAGGGGGCGGAGCUCCUCUCCUGCCUGUGUGUGUGGGUGUUGACCUCUGUGGAUGAUGUCACUGUGGCUGAAGCCACCUCCCACCUGCUCGAAGCCCCGCAGCACCACGAGUGGAACCUGCAUGACCUGUCAAUCAUCUGGAGGACACUGCUGGAGCGGGGCCUGAUCCAGCCCCUCCUCCGAGGCUUUGAGCUCUUUCUGAGGGACUGCCCCCUGGUGUUGGUGCUCAGGAUGUUUGAGCUGUGCUGUGACUACAGGAACUUUUCCGAGGCCAAAGAGAAGCUGCUGGACUUCCAGAGGACGCUCAUCACUCUGAGAAGCAGCGGCCCGGUUUCCUCCAGUGACCUCCCCCUGCAGUGGGUGGAGAGCCAGGCGUCGGUUCUGCUCCUCACGAUGCUGCAGUGCUGCUCCUCCCAGUACGACCUCCACCGCCUGCUGCAGCUGCUGGCCGACGUCGACAAGCUCCUCAAAUCCAACGGUCCAGACUUCAGGAAGCUGAGUCAGCUCAGUCAGUUGCUGCAGGGGUCAGAGGUCAGCCUAUCCCCCAGGCUUCUGCAGUGCACUUCUCCCUCUGUCCAGCAGGAGGAGUUCCAGGCUGCUGUGGACGCUCUGCAGGCCAGGGGGCGCUACAGCCAGGCCAGACAGGUGGCUCAGCUGGCCGGACUUCCUGUCCAGCACCUGCUGCUGAACCAGCUCCUUCAGGAAGUGAACUCCCAGAAGUCCAAGCCACAGUGGAGGAGGCUGGAGACUCGAGUCAGCUUCUGGAAGAAGUGUCAGGAGCAGCUGAAGACCGACGGCACUGACCCGAGGCAGGCGUCACAGUUCUUCCUGUCACAGGCCAAAGCUCCGGGUGUGGACACUCAGACUGAGCUGCCGGACGUCCAGGAACGCUGCCUCCUGCUGGGCAUCGCCGCUCACUGGCUCUCCCUGCUCGCUCCACCUCCCGUCGACGAGCUGGAGAGCCUGGAGAAGACGCUGUGGAGGAACCAGGUCCGGCGACAAGUCCUCACCGCUGCCAUGGAGAAGGAGAGUGUUUUCAAUCUGCCACCGCCCAGCGUCACAUCUGAAAUGAACACGUACGAGGUUCUGAUGAGGGAGUUCUCCUUCUCUAACAUCUCAGCUCUGAACACGGAGAGGUUCCUCAGUGUGGAAGGACUGCCCACUCCAUGUGAGGAGCACCAGCAGCAGGAGCAGGAGGAGGUGAACGAUGGCUCGGGUUUGAGUCCAGAGGAGAGGCGAGUUUUGUCGACGUUGAUUGGUCGGUUGCUAGACGACGGCAGUGUCCAUGAAGCCAGCCGAGUCUGCCGCUAUUUCUCGCUGUACCACUCGGACGUGUGGGUGGUGCUACGCUGCCGAGGCCUGGCGUCUGGAGAGCUCCUUCCCCGACCACCAGAAGAGGCAUCGGAGCCUGUGCUGAGGAGCAGCAUCGCCAGCUCUUCCUCGUUCAGUAGCCUGUCACUCGCCAUGUUCCCCCUCCCUGAAGACGAUGAUGUUGUUGUCGAGCUCCAAAGGCUCCUUGAUCAGUGUCGCCAUGGCAACAAUUACUGUAAACAAGUGCUCAGCCUCUACCAACUCUCUAAGGAGCUGCAGAGCUCGUUCAGUCAGGUCUGCAGGGAGGAGCCUCGCUCCGUGCUGGAGAUGCUGCUGCUCUCAGAUCAGCCUGAGCGCUUCAGAAAGGCCCAGGCCUUCAUCAGAGCUCAGGGUCUGUCUGCAGACACCGUGGCCCAGCUCGUCUCCUCUGCUGUGGCCCGAGCUCUGCUGGCCUCCUCCACCCAGGACCUGCAGCCUGAGAGACAGGUGUUCCGUCAGUCAGAGGGGCGGGACUCUCUGAUCCAACUGAUCAAACUGUGCGAUGAUCCAAACCUGGUGGGAAUUAAACUGAUGGAAAACAUCAACACUGUUCCACUGAGAGACCUGAGCUGCAUCGUCGAGUUGUUGAUCGCGGCUCACGACUGUUUCAGUCUCACCUGUAACAUGGAGGGCAUCGUGCGAGUGCUUCAGGGCGCCCGCCACCUUAGCCACGCCUACCUCGCUCCAGGAGAGCACUACAGCCUGCUGGUGCGUCUGCUAACAGGUAUCGGCAGAUACAAUGAAAUGACGUACGUCUUCGACCUGCUGCAUCAAAACCAUCGCUUUGAGAUGCUGCUGAGGAAGAAGGUGGACAUGGACCGUGGACAGUGCUCCAGCCUGAAGACGUCUCUGCUGGACUACAUCAAACGCUGUCUCCCCGCCGACAGCGAGAAGCACAACAUGGUGGCGCUGUGCUUCAGCAUGAGGAGGGAGAUCGGAGAGAACCACGAGAUGGCUGCCAGGACGCAGCUGAAGAUCAUCGAGGCUCAGCCGUGGGUCGUCACUCCUGACCUGGAGAGCUCGCUGGUCAAAGUGUUGGGUCUGCUGAAGGACGCUGCCGAGAGUUUCUCCAAGGACUCGUGUUUGCGUCAGGCGACCCGCUGCGUGAGGACGGCCAAGCUCGUCGCUCUUCAGCUCCACUUCCUCAGACAGGAACUGGACGUACGUGUCAUCAACCUGCGACCGGCGGAGCUGCUGAACACCAUCGUCGCGCUGCCGCGAUGUUACCAGGUGUUUGUGGUGUCGGAGGCGUACGGCUACAGUCCAGACUGGGCGGAGAUUCUGUACGAGAAGGUCGUAGUGAAGGGAGACUUUGUUUACCUGGAGGAGCUCAAACGCCACCGCCCACUCACCUCCGGCCUGUUUGAGGACAUAUUUAAGAAGCUGGACGCCGCCCCCAGCAGCGUCACGCCCAACGUGAAGCGCCUGCUGACGCACUGUGACGACGUGUACAGCCGCUACAGACUGGCCUACCAGCAGAAUCUGAACGACGUGGCAGAAACGCUGCUGCAGGACGCCAAGACGUCCAACUACCUGAACGACAGACUCGCCAGCUGAUCCGCUCGGGCUCCACAGAACCACAGAACAUUUCAAUGUACAAAAUGUAUUUAGGAUGAUAAUAAUAAUAAAAAAAAGGUUUUCUAACUCA